AUGUCCACCAGCGCGCUACCCUACUACCAGCGGACAUUCUUCAAGAAUGCCGAAGAUUUGAGGAAAAAGGACCCGCAGUACAACUUUGACCAGCACUGCUUCUACAUGCUCAAUGUCUGCGAGCUGUGCGGCCAGCCGCUCGACGGCAAGGAGCUGCCGGCCACAAGCGGCAAGAAGAAGUUUAGCAUCAUGACCGACACGACCGAGUAUAUGCGGCACGAGUCGAGAAAGUGCGACAAGCACCAGUGCAAGCGCUUCAUUGUCGGGACGUAUGCGCAGUAUGGGUAUUUCUUCGACGGCUUGCACAAACCCACUAUCUAG